CAACAAUGUCCCUAAACAUGAGGCCAAAGAAACUAGAAAAACAAAAUGCCCCAGAAAAUCCAGAAAGAGAAGAACCAGAAGCCCCAGAAGAACCAGAAGUCCCAGAAGAACCAGAAACCCCAGAAGAACCAGAAAGUGAAAAACAAGAGGUUCCAGAAGAACCAGAAAGUGAAGAACCAGAAAGUGAAGAACCAGAG